AUUUAUAUUAUCAACUGUGUUUCGACGAACUGAAAUGAAAACCGAAAGAGAAUAUGGACCAUCUUAGACUAUAUAUAAGUGGUGCUCACAGCACGGGCAAGACUACAAUUAUACAGGACCUCUGCCCUCACCUCCCAGGGGUAAGGGUAGAAAAGGAAACAGCCAGACGAAUCAUAGAAACACAUGGCUGGCAAAGAACGGACUUUCAUCCAGAGCGUUAUCCUCAAGUUUUUGAACAACUGAACACCGAAAUUCUUUUAGCAAAUAUCAAAAUUGAAAAGGACAACUUCCUUGAAAAAAGAGAUUUUCUUUGCGACCGGUGUCUAGAUCCAAUGGCAUACACGGAGAUGUAUCUUGGACCUGAGGCCUUGGACAGAAUCAAACACACAAAAGGACUCCAACAGAUGAUAGAGAGGUUACAGUCAUCAGUGAUUUUCCUUAUUGAACCUCAGCCUGAGUGCAUUUCGGAUGACGAAGUGAGACUGGUGUCGACAUUGGAGGAACUACACACGUAUACAACCUACUUAAAAAGACUGUACGACAGUUUGGUCAUCCCUUAUGUGACAGUAGAUAUACUAGAUCGCAGGGACCGGGUGUCCUUCAUCCUUCAAUGUUUGCAAACCAAAGCACCCAUGAAAAUUAAAAUCAAAAAUUUAAAGCAAUAA